GUUCUGUGGAGACUCAGUGAGACUGGCAUCUACUAGUUAAGUUAUUUAAGGGAUGGCAGUGCCUGCUGUAAAGACGAUGCAUUGGGAAGUAUUCCCUUCAAUGUCUACUCGGCGUGUAUACUGCACUGCACUUUACCAAGAUGGGCAAGUCUUUGUUCUGGGGGGCUGUAGCGAGACAGGAUUGCCCCUGGACAAAGUUGAAAUGUUGGAUGUCGUUAGUCAGAAAUGGACCGGGCUCCCACCAAUGCCCACUCCUCGUGCCGGGGCAGCAGCAGUGGUUCUGAGCAAACAACUCCUCAUUAUUGGAGGAAUGAAUGAAGAGCAGAGCCCGCUGGGGUCACUCGAGGUGUUUAACAUGGAUGAAGGAAAGUGGGAGAAGAAGGCACCUUUAGGACAACCUUCAAUGGGAAUCACAGCUGUAAAGAAAGAUGACAAAGUGUUCGCCCUUGGAGGGAUGGGCUCAGAUGCAGCUCCACAGGCACUGGUCCGUCUUUAUGAUCCAGCCAGAGAUCAAUGGCAAUCUCUGCCACCGAUGCCUACUCCACAAUAUGCAGCAUCUGCUUUCCUGCGGGGCAAUAAGAUCUAUGUCCUAGGAGGAAGGCAGAGUAAACUUCCUGUGACAGCUUUUGAGUCCUUGGAUCUGGAAACACGAAGCUGGACCCGAUACCCCAGCAUUCCUAGCCGGCGGGCAUUUGCAAAUUGUACCAUGACGGAGAAAUGCUUUUACAGCUUGGGAGGGCUUCAGCAGCCAGGCCCCCACAACUUCUACUCCCGGCCACACUUUGUCAAUACAGUGGAAGUGUUUGACACAGAUCAAGGGCUUUGGACCAAGCAGUCCCGCUGCACACGGAUGAGAGAGAAACGAGCAGACUUUGCUGUGGGUUAUGUUGGAGGUCGAGUGGUUGCUGCUGGAGGUUUAGGAAACCAACCAUCGCCGCUUGGGUCUGUAGAAGGGUUUAAUCCAACUAAGAGGAAAUGGGAGAGUCUACCAGCAAUGAAUUGCCCUCGUUGUUCCUGUGCCAGUCUCCAAGGUGACAAUAUGCUCUUUGUGAUUGGUGGGGUGUCUCAGGGACCCAGUAAUGCUGUGGAGGCCUUGAGUGUCCGAGAAAGCAGCUAACUUUGGAGAAACUCUGAAAUAGCAGCAACGUGGAUUAUGUGCCAUUGUGGUCUGAUUCUGGUGAAGAAUAUUGACAUCAGUGUGACAGUGUGAGAAGCUCUCAAAUAAUGUUUUGUCUUAGAAUUAGUUCUAAUUAGUUUGUGGAGUCCUG